AUGAAAGUCAGGAAUAUUAAGAUGCUCUUUACAUGGCUCUGGAGCUGGAAUGGUGAUGGGAAUGGCAACUGGCCACAUAAAUACUGGAAGUCAAAGCAGUACCAGGUCCUCUUUCACCAGUCUUUUAAUGUUAUUGUCAGUGUGUAUGGAACUCAGCAGGCCUGUGAGUGGUGGACAAUUGUGAAGCAGAUCUUCAUCUGCAGCCACUGGAUCUUGCCUUAUUCAAUCCCCAGUAAUCUUGAUGCCUGGCUUGCCAUUGAACAGGGUCAAUAUCCUGUUCCUGCAGCAAUGUCUCCCAAUCCAGAAGUCUUUUUGCUGGCUGCUGGUAAAGAGAGUGAAUCUGCAAGCCAGCUGCAUACCAACUGCAAGUGGCUUACAUUCCAGCUUGUGUUGCACAUCCAGGCUCUUGUUGAGGCAGAGAGGCAGCAGGUCCAGAGCAUGAAUCUUUCAAGAGAAAAACAUGCACAGUAUCAGAGAUGUAUGCAGCAGCAGUUGAAAGUUGCACAGAUAGAGGCCUUCUAUUAUAAUCAGUGCAGAACUGCCAUGAAGGCAUAUCAGUGCAAAGCUGCAGGGAGAGACCAAACAGUGUGA